GAAGCUCCGGGCCUCGUCUUCCGAUAUGAGCGGAUCUCGGGCCCCCCCCUCGGCGUCUGCGGGGGGAUCGGCUGGGAUCGCAGGUGAUGCCGGAUCCGAGGCGGUAUGCAUGGGGGUGUCGGUGUCCACACUGUCCCGGUCGUUCGCCUUCUGGUCAAGUCCUGAGUCACCGUCGCCCUUCCUGCCCUUGCGUCUUGCCUUGGCCGCCUUCCUCUCUGCGAUCUCCUUGAGCUUCUGCCUGAUCUCUGCCUCGCGGGCAUCGAGCUUAGCGUCCGUCUCUGCCUCCUGCCUCCUCUGUUCUGCGCGGAGGUUCUCCUUGUACUCUUGGAACUUCUGCUUGUUCUCCUGCUGCUGGCGCUCCCUCUCCGCCCGCUCCCUGGGCGUCAGGGCCGGGCCGUCGCCGUCGUCGGGGUGGUCCGGCGGCUGGCCCGUCCGCUGCCGCUUGGCCGCGGCCUCGGCAGCCUCGAGGUCUUCGAUCAUGCGGCGGCGGCCGGCCGACAUGGCCUCGAGCUCCAGCUGCUUCUGGAGCAGGGCCCGGCGCAGGCCAUCGUACUUUUUGCGCGCCUCGUCGUCGGUCAGGAUGUCGCGCGCGUGCUGGUACGUCUCGUACAGCUCCUUGUCGAACUUGUCGCCCGCCUUAUCUGGGUGGUAUUUUAAUCCGGUGCGCCUCCACGCCUUGCGUAUCUGGUCCGUGUCGGCCGUGAAGGCCUCGACGCCGAGGAGCUCGUAUAGGUCGCGCUUCGGCGCGUAUUCGGCCGCCAGGGCCGUGAGGCGCGCCGAUUGGUCCAUGGCUCCGGGUUUUGAUGAGUGGCUUCGGUGCUGCGCGCGAGUGUGUACGGUGACGGAGGCUCGAUUGCGCAGGCUUUUGUGCCUGCUUUGGGCUGUGUGGGAAGUUGAAGUGAGGUGGCGUGGGUACGUGGGAAGGGGCGCUGGUGCAUGUGAGGUUCCUGGAUCGAGUUGUGGGCGCCGCACAGUGCCAAGCUAAAAGGUACGGCCGUUCUGACUCUGCUAAUUAGAACCUCAUUCUCAGCUUGCGUACCUAUGUAUAUAGUCUCUCCCAUUUCGGCUCUCUCUAUCGCUCUCCUCGCCCUUUUCUCCUCUCUAUGGUCUACCCUUCCCAGUUUCUCUUUGCUUUCCCCCACUAUCUUUUGUGUUGUGUUUAAAACCUACUGUACCUUGUGUUUGCUUUCUUGUUUCUCAGUUUUAGUUGUUUCUCUUUAUGGGCACUUUCCAUUUCCUCUCGCUUAUUCACACCGCCAGCUUUAUUUCUUUCCUUUCUCAAUAGGAAGUUAGAACCCGACUCAAAUAAAGCCAGGCAACAAUGCGAUGCCAUCUCUGGGUGUCUGAUUAGCCGCCUGGCAAGUAUUUGGGGCUGAUACCUUGGACAGGGAUCCAUCGUCAAUUGAGCGGGUGGGGUGGACCUAUCUGCGGAGCAGAGACGCGCGCAGAUGUGGAGCUAAAAAAAAAAGCUGGGCGCGGGCGGUCAAAAAAAAUCUGCCCCUCCGGUGCUUUGCGUGCUUGUCGGAGCUGCUUUUGUGCAUCGAACAAAUUUCGGACAAGUCAACAGCCCGCAAACACCACGAACUAAAUCCUACGUUCGCGACUUGUCGAGAGAGGGAGAUGGCGACGUCUCUCGCUGCGCAGCUGGCGCAGAUCGCCGCCAAUUCCCGGAGCUCUCUCAACGUUAGGGCGCAGAAGGCGGCGCACUCCAAGUCCCUUCUUUUCGAGCCUGGCGUCGCCGCGAAACAGAGCUACCAGACCGUCUACGCCGCCUGCCACGCCGGAUUUGUGGAACUUUGCCAGUUGGAUGCCCGCUUCUCCCAGUUCUCAGCAACUCUGUUCAGCGAGCAGAGCCAGGAUGAGGAUCGCACGCAGUUGAGCGCCGCCGAAAAUGCCGAGCUGGACCGGCGCAUCGAGUACUUCUUGCGCCUGGUCGGAGGCCGCCUGAGGCUUUUGCCGGCCGUGAAGGCCGUCGAGUGGCUCAUUCGGCGCUUUAGGGUCCACGAAUACAACACCUCGAUCCUCCUCUCGACUUUCCUUCCGUACCACACCAUACAGGUCUUCACCACCGUCCUAUCAAUCCUCCCACCCGAUCUUCCUAACGAAUUCCGGUUUCUUGCGCCCUACGUUCGCUCUCUGACGGCACCGCCUCGAGCCGCCAUCGUAUACCAAGCGACGCACCGCCCCGAGUUCCUUGCCGCCUUCACGGCGUACACCCUCGAUGCGUGCAAAGCCCAGCAGCAAUAUCCUGCGCUUCUAUCGUUCUGGGCCGGCAUCCUCACAGAGGCCAUCAAUGGGAGGAUUGAUAUGGGCCGCUCGGGAAGGAAAGGCGUUCAGCUGGACAACAACCUGGCUUUGUUACAGCUGGUCGGCCCCCCUCUUGGCGAGGCCUUGGUGAUGAAGAAGGUCCCCGGCGCCCAGAUCGCUGCAUACACGGCCGUUGCCAUUCUCGCGGCAAAGGCAAACUUCGGCGACAAGCCACUGUCGGCAUUUAUGGAGCAGCUCGCUCUAGGCUGGACGACGGAGACACUCCGGCCUGGCCUGGUCUGUUUAUCCGUGAUUGCGCAACAGAGGUCAGCAAAGCAGCUGUCAGGAAAGGUUACCAAGGCUCUACGGAAGGUCGAGGACUUGCCUCAGCUCCUCCUCGAUGUGUCGAAGCAAUAUCGGGUUGACAAGCUCGCAAAUGGCUUGGUGCUGGCCCUUGUCGACCGCUUGUCCAAAAAGGGCGACGCCGGGGGUCUGCCCAUCCUCAAAUCAAUUCUUCUCACUGGCCUUCUGCAGGAGAAGCAGGUCAUUGUGGCCUUCAAGGCACUGCUUGUGGCGGCGCACAAGAUCACGGAUGAGGUUGACGAGGACGGAUCUGUAAGAAAGCAGCUGGGAUCAGUUCUGGUCACGCUGUCACAGAGCCCCGGGGCCACAGGGAAUAUUGUGCGUCAGGUCAUCGAAGAUGUUGACUUCGACAUCGAGGAACUCGAGCUGAAACUCGACACUUCGUUUGGUCCUCGCAAGCUUCUCCAAGGCAGCCCUGAUGAGGCAGAGGAGGAUGCUUCUGAAGCCGCCGACGAGCCCCGUGAGAGCCUGGAGGUUGCAGUCAAGCGGCUCUCGGUGAUACCUCGCCCUGGUCCCUCGUUCUUGUCCAAAAAGCUGGAUGGGUUUUUCGAUGAGCUUUGCGGGGUUUUGCUCUCUGUUGCAUCCGACUCGGAAGACCUGGUCAAGUUUGACGAAGAUCCCAUUUUGUGCCGCCAAGCCGCACACGAGACGACCUCGUAUUUCAGCUUUUGUAUGAGGGUCUGGUGUGGCCCUUAUCCGACGCGUCUCCGGAGCACUGCGCUUGACAUGGCCAAGAGGAGAUUGAAGCAGGAGGACUGCUCAAAGACGGAUUUUCAGGCCAUGAUCCCGUACUGUCUGGCGGCCCUGAGCGAUCCGGCAAAGAAAGUCAGACGCUCAGCCGCAGAUCUCCUGGUCGUGCUUGGCGCGGUGCACCCGGAAUCGCCCACACAGGCCCCGCGACAGUCCCGCUGGGCCUCCUCUCAACUCUACGAUAAUGAGCGGGAUGGUAUCAAGUGGAUGACCCCCGAGGCGACCAGGACGCUGCUUCAUACCGUUGUGGUUCCUGCCCUUGAAGAGUCGAUCCUCCACGAGGAGAACGUAUCCAACGUCCUCAAAACCUGCCUCGAGGGCUCACCCAAAACCUCAAAAGAAGCAGCUGAUAAGAUGGCUUCCACCCGCAUUUCCUCCGCCAUCCGGUUGUCCAUCUUCACGUUUUUGACUAGUCACGUCGUUCUCAGCCCUCUCCUAACAGUCAAAUUGCGACUUCUCAAGCCCCUCAACCACGUCAAGAGCGUGUCCAACACCUCGCGCACGCAAUUACUCCUCCCGCUCCUGAAGUGGUGGACUAAACUCCCGCCAUCAGAGGCUCUCGAGCUGUGUAACCAGGAGCAGCUCGUACAGAAGCAGAUCGACACGGCCUGCGCCGAGAUCGUUGUGCCGAGCGACAAGGAUGGGAUGGAGUACCUGUGUAAGCUGCUCAGGAGUUCGCAAGUCCAGGAGCGUGAUUUCCUGGUCGAGACCGUGUUUGCGCGCCUGAGGAAAAUGUGGACAUCCAUGAAGGGAGAGGCAAGAUACCGCCUGGCGCAUACCAUGUUGGACCUGGUGCAUGGGUCCACGUCCGCCCAAGUGGAACUUGGCGUUGUUACUGAGGAGGCGGCCGAUUUCCUCAGGAGUGUGGAUCUGACGACAGACAUACUCAACUCCUUCCUCGAGUCCCUGCAAGACAUCCCCAAGAUCACAGUGGACUCUCCGGCAAACAAGCGCAGACGCGCCAGCUCGUCGGAACAUAGCCGGGGAGCGACACCGCAGGCCACAGGGGCGCUCAAGGCGGCCCUAAACAAGGUCACGUUUGUUCUCCAGCUUGUUGAGGGCUCCGCACCGGCCGAACAUCCCGAGAUCCUUCAAGGCCUCUUCAUGACAUUGGCGGACCUCCAGGUGCUACGGUCACUCGUCGGUUCUGAGCUCGGCUACCUGCAGAACCUGGUGCUAAGCAGCCUGCUGGCCAUGAUGCCGACGUACAAGACCAACAAGUCGCUGAAGAUCGACACCUCGGUGGGGCACGGAGACGUGCUCGUCCAAUGCAUCCAGAAGUCGUCCAGCCCUGCUGUCCAGAACUCAGCACUACUGCUGGUGGCCAGCCUUGCAAACACGGCACCUGACGUUGUGCUCCACAGCGUCAUGCCCAUCUUCACCUUCAUGGGUGGCUCUGUGCUGAGGCAGAGUGAUGACUACUCGGCGCACGUGGUUGUCCAGACCAUCAAGGAAGUCGUGCCGCCGUUGAUAGAGACCUUCCGCAAGAGCCGCAGGAACCUGGUGGCAAGCGCCUCGGAGCUGCUAUCGAGCUUUGUCACCGCCUACGAGCACAUCCCCCCGCACCGGAAGCAUGAGAUGUUCAUCUCUCUGAUUGAGAAUCUGGGCCCCAAGGACUUCCUCGCGCCGCUAAUCGCCAUGCUUGCGGACAAGUACGGGACAACUGACAGCACAAUCACCUUCGCUAAGGAUCUGAUGAGCUCGUUUGACGUCGAGAUCCAGCUCCAUUCGUUGGCCGUGCUGCUGGACCUGAUCAGCGACAUUUUUCAGCCAAAACCGGCACUGUCGGCGGCCCUGCUGAGCAAGAACACGGACGGCGAACAGGAUCUGCAGAAAUCGGCGCUUAAGGAGCUCACGCUACUGCCAAGACUGCUCUCGAGCCGGCAGCUCCGGACCGAGGUUUCGAAGCUGGCGGAGCGCGACGACAUGGAGGCGGCAAAGAUCAGAGAGCUCUAUGCAUCGCUCCUGGAAAAGGUCCUGACGCUCGCCGAGACGGUCAAGACGAAGAAGCCGAUGCAUGCACGCUGCAGCGACGCGCUUGCCAGUCUUCUGGAUCUCCUCUCGAUCGGCGAGUUCAUCAAAGCGGUCGAGAACCUCCUUGACCGGCCAAGCAUCAGCCUCCGCCAGAAAGUGCUCAAGACGCUCGAGGUGCGGGUGGAUCAGGAGAGCAUUGGGGACUCGGAAUCGAGAGCGGUUCUCCUCGCGUUCCUGCCGCAACUCACUGCCGUUGUUCGCGACUCGAACGACAUACACUACAAGCACACGGCCGUGGCAUGUGUGGACAAGAUCGCGGAGAAGUACGGCAAGAAGGAUCUCGAGGCCGUCACGGCGGCUGCAUCGACCAUCGCCAGCGACUGGUGUCUGGGACAACAAGACAAGCGCCUGCGUGUCAUGGCGCUUUUGUGCCUCGCCUCGCUGGUGGAUGUUCUUCAAGACGCCAUUGUCCCGGUGCUCCCUGCGGCCUUCCCCAAGGCCCUAGCCUACCUAUCCGACAGUCUACAAGGCGAACCUGACCAGGAGCUGCACGAUGCCGUCUUCGCAUUUGCGGCAUCGCUUGCAGAACACAUUCCCUACAUGAUGACCGAGUCUUAUAUCGGGCAGCUGCUGGCCAACUCGAACCUGUCUGCCGAGGCCGGUCUUGGCGAUGGGUCCAACGAGAGCAGGCUUGAUUGCCUCCGCUUUCUGGCCAAGCAGGUCGACGCCAACGUCAUGCUUGCGGCAAUGGAACGGAACUGGGACCUGGCCGUGGAUGCGGGCUUUUCGGCCGUCGACGAGUACCUGACACUGAUGGGGAUUAUCAUCGACAAGCAUCCCAAAUCGGUCGUCUCCAAGCACGUCACACCGCUUGGCGCCAUAUUCCUUCGUGGGCUUGACCUCAGGCGACAUGUUCAAACGAGAGAUACGGUCAGCAUCGCGGCUCUCGCUAAGCUGUCGGCCAUGGAGGCUCUCAUCAACGACGUGGCGCUCAAGAUGAUCUACAAGCUGAAUGACGCGACAUUCCGGCCCGUAUUCGGCCAGCUGAUGGAGUGGCUCACGAGCGGGCUGCCCAAGAGCGACAAGGCGGGCAAGGUUCUGAGGCGGCAGAGCGUCUACUGCUUCCUGCUGUCCUUUUUUGACAACCUCAAGUCUAUUGUGACGAGCUACGCGUCCUACAUUUUGGAGGACGCGGCCGACGUUCUGAAAACGGUCGACCCGAAGAACAUGGAGGAGAGGGAGCUGUGGCAGCUGGUGCUGAAGACACUGACUAAGUGCUUCGAACACGACCAGGAUGGAUUCUGGCAGGUGCCUGCGCACUUUGACGCGGUGUCCGAGGUGCUGACGGACCAGCUCGAGCAGGCGGCAGCGCUGGACCCGUCGGGCGGUGGCGACCCGGCGGUCAUCGCGGCCCUCGUGGAGCUGGCGGUGGCAGCAGACUCGCGGGAGCACCGCAAGCAGCUGAACUCGUCGGUGCUGCGGCGGUUGCGGUCGGGGUCGGCGGCAGAGCGGCUGGCUGGCGUGCGGUGCGAGCAGGCAUUGACGGAGCGGCUGGGCGAGGACUGGCUCGAGAUGCUGUCGGAGAUGCUGCCGUACAUCAGCGAGCUGCAGGACGACGACGACGAGGCGGUGGAGCGCGAGACGCACCGGUGGAUCGGCGGGAUCGAGUCCGUCCUGGGUGAGAGCCUGGACUCGAUGCUGCAGUAGUCGUCACACAAAUAUUGCUGUCGACUACCCACCUGCCUGCCGCGUGUCUACCAGCUACCGUCUUUUGUUUAUAUGGAACCAUCAAGGUGGUUGAGCAUGGCAUGCGAUGUAUUUUGCUACAGCAUAAAAGCUGUCGCCUGGCUGGCGAGGAGCACAUAGAUGAGGGAAAUACCCUGCACAUGACUGUCCACAGAGGACAGCCGAGCACAUGGUUGUACAAUUUAUUUUUGCCUGUCGUUCCUUGUGACAAAUAUGUAUACCGUGACUGGGCA